AAGAUGAAAAGUCAUACGUGCUCUCCUUCUCACUAAUCUCUUGAUCUAUCUUCGCUUCAUAACAAACAAUCGCAGGCUUGCAGGUUCAAUCAGGACAGAAGCGUACGGCUGGUUACCUCCACGAGAGCCUGAUGUACACCGAAAUGGCUGUAACGCCGUGUUUGACUGUAAUAGCGUUGUUACUCACUAUGAUUGUCAUAAAGCUAGUUAUAAGAAGAAUAGUUGGUCCAGUGCAGAAUCAAAGACCUGUUCCACCUGUUGUGAGUUGGGUUUAUAUGAUGUCAGCUUUGCCUACACUUCUUACGAAAGGCCAGCAAGUAGUGAUCCAAGACAUGCAUACAAAGUUAGGCAGCGUGUUCACGUUAAGCUUUUUUGGGGUGAAGAAAGUUACAUUUCUAGUAGGGCCAGAGGUCACGGCUCAUUUUUAUCAAGCGCCAGAAUCCGAGAUCAGUAUAGACAAUUUGUAUGAAUUUACUGUGCCCAUUUUUGGCAAAGGAGUUCUGUAUGACGUGGAUUUGGCAACAAGAAGCAGGCAGAUCCGGUUUUGCACCGAUGCUAUACAACCAAUGAAGUUGAAAAACCAUGUUGACUCUUUGGUUCAUGAAGUGCAGGAUUACUUUUCAAACUGGGGUGAGGAAGGCACAAUUGAUCUAAAGCAAGAGAUUGGGAACAUGCUCAUGUUGAUCGCUGGUAGGUGUUUGCUUGGAGUGGAUAUCCGGGGGAAGAUGUUAGUCGAAGUCUCCACUCUCCUGCAUGAUAUCGAUCACAAUGGCUUGCACUUAUUCAGCUUCUUUUUCCCAUAUCUUCCAAUCCCAUCACACCAGCAGCGUGACAAAGCACGCACUAAACUAGGACAAAUGUUCGGUAAUAUUGUGAGAUUGCGUAAAAACUCGGGCCGUAUUGGUGUUGAUGUGUUGCAGAACUUCAUAGACUCGCAAUACAAGGAUGAGUACUCCAUGUCUGAUGAUGAAAUCACCGGGUUACUCAUUGCCUUGCUAUUCGGUGGGCACCACUCGAGCUCAAACACUGCCACUUGGACGGGAGCAUGUUUACUCAGCCAUGAAAAGUAUUGUGUUGCUGCAAUUGAAGAACAAAAGAAAGUCAUGGGAAAAUACGGAGAUCACAUAGAUUACAAGAUCUUAUCGGAGAUGGGUACCUUACAUUUCUGCAUCAAAGAGGCAUUAAGAAUGCACGCCACAUCAUCACUACUAAUCCGCCAUGCAAAAAAGAGCUUUUGUGUGCAAACUAGAGAAGGCGCCACCUAUGAGAUUCCUGAAGGGCAUACCCUAGCAAGCUCUACGGUAGUUAGCAACAACCUGUCAUACAUUUAUAAAGAUCCACAUAUUUAUGAUCCAUAUCGUUUUAGUGAGGGGAGAGAGGAGGAUAAAGUUGGUGGAAAGUUCUCUUACACAUCCUUUAGUGGAGGGAGACAUGCUUGCUUGGGAGAGCAUUUUGCUUACAUGCAAGUCAAAGUGAUAUGGAGCUAUUUACUAAGGAACUUUGAGCUCAAAUUGAUUUCUCCAUUUCCAGAAGAUGAAUGGGAAAAAUUUAUUCCUGGUCCUAGAGGGAAAGUGAUGGUUAGUUACAAGAGGCGUCAUAUAGUUAGCACUUAAUUUGUGAAUUAUAUUGGGUUGCUUGUAUGAGCGUGGAUGCAAGAUGCUAAAUUUGUAUCACUAUAAGCAUAACAAUGUAUUUAAAUGCAUGGAGUGAGAGAGACUUGGAUAAUGUACCCAGAAAUAAAUAAAAUGAUUGGUAUAUAUGGGUUUUGAUGUGUCU